CAAAAGGAGGCCCAGGCCUGACCUUUAUCCAGAGACAUCCGUCUGUCUAAUGGGAUCGGUGACUCAUCUCCAGUUGGAAAAUUCAUUUCCCAGGGUUUUGAAAAAAAUGCUUUACGUGACUGUGUAACUUGGCCAGGAUCCUUCAGGUUGUCACGAGGCCCACUGUUGCUUCACGGGCUGUAUUUACAGCCUGGCAUCUGCUUUUGCAAGCUUACUGUUUCCAUGGAGUGGAAACUACCUGCACUGAUUUCUCAGCAGUUGGGCUAUUCUGUGCCCUGGGCGCAGGGUGUGUGUGCAACAUUAACCACAUAAUGGGCUGGAUUCUGCAUUCUUUCUCUAUACCCACGCCAGUUGCCUUUCCUGGGUACUGAUCUGCUGUACUGCAUGUACUUCCCCAAUGCUGAGCUAACAAUAAGCACCUUGGAGACACACCCAGUUCUCAAUGUUUGACUGGUGGAGCAUUUGCACCAAAGCGCUUGGGGAGCUUGGAAACAAGCCGGGCGAGGAGACAGGAAGGUGUAAAUGACGAUGAGUUUGGCCUGAGGCCAUAGAUGAAGACUACGCAGGAGUCUGUCUCUAAGGAGGUGAAGAUUUUAACAAGCAUUCGGAGCCAAAAUCAACCCCGCCUAGCCCAACACACAAUGCUGAGUUGGAAGUUGCCCAGGCAACUCAGUAUUAAUCAAGUGCCUCAGGUGUUUCGAGAGCAGGGCAUCCUGUUUGGGUAUCGCCAUCCAAGAAGUUCUGCAGCAGACUGUCUCCUCAGCGUCUUCCAGAUGACAAAUGAAACGCUAAAUAUAUGGACACAUUUUUUGCCUGCCUGGUACUUCCUAUGGAAGUUAUUUGCCUUGGCCUAUUCGCUGGAUGUCUGGAACGACACGUAUGCCUGGCCCUUCCUUGCCUACAUGCUCACGUGCUGCAUUUAUCCUUUCACAUCCAGCUGUGCCCACACAUUCAGUACGAUGUCCAUCCAGGCGAGACAUAUUUGUUAUUUCUUUGAUUAUGGUGCCCUUAGUAUGUACAGUUUAGGUUCUGCUAUUGCUUAUUCAACGUAUGUUUUCCCAGAAGAAUGGAUCAAUAGCACUUUCCAUCACUGUUAUGUACCCAUUGCUGUGCUUAACACGGUCAUUAGCACUGGUCUUUCCUGCUACUCCAGGCUUGGUGCUCCAUAUCUCCAUUAUAACAGUGAUGUCAUAGAAAGGUUCCCCGAGAUAAAGCAGCCCAGGCUCAGUAAAACUCUUCGCACGCUGGCUUUUGCAUAUCCGUACCUGUUCGACAGCACGCCUCUCUUCUACAGGCUAUAUCUGUGUACUGGGGAAAGCUGCAUGGAAAGUGUAAUCCCAGUCCACUACAAGCACUGUGUGUUUGCCUUCCUCACUUGUUUCAUUUUUGCUGCACAUCUGCCUGAAAGACUUGCACCGGGACGCUUUGACUAUAUUGGGCACAGCCACCAGCUUUUCCAUGUAUGUGGCAUCAUUGGCACACACUUCCAAAUGGAGGCCAUCUUUAUAGACAUGAACACUCGCCGUGACUGGCUCUUAGCUUUCUCACCUCUUCUCUCUUUCUCUCAGACAGUUAGUUCAAUUGGUAUCUCCAUUAUCAUUAGCCUAACUAUCAUUGUGGCUUUCUCAUGGGCUCUCUAUUCAAGACCAAAGUCCUCUAGGAAAGAAAAACUACACAGGCAUUAAACUUGAAGUAGAGAUUGGUUUUUAGUUACAUUGCUGUAAAUGAGAAAUACCAAGUAACUUUAGUACUGGAUCAAUUAAGGUGAUGAGAUAUUUUGAUUGAUUUUCUUGGGGAAGAUACUUAAGGGGUUUUCAAGAGUGAACCAUUUUAUAUUGCACUGCUUUUUGUACAUAUGACUUUAAAGUUGGAGAGAUUGUGAAAUGGUUUAAAAUCAGGUCAAGUUGAUAUUUGAGCAUGAAAUUAUUUAGAAAAAAAUUAAAACAUUGUAAAAGGGAGAAGUGUAAUAUUUUGCAAGCCAGUAUUUGAGGGCAGAUUUAAUCCAAAUGAUGAAACACUGCAAUACCAUCUUCUAAGUCAAGGGUCAUUUAUCUGUGCUGAUUUCAGUUGACUGCUUUAGGGUAGAACCAGGAAACUUUAUUAUUUUGAUUAUAACAUGAUGGUACAUUGUGAUUAUGUCAGUUCAUAGGCAUAAGUGUCUAUAUUUUAUAUAUUUAAUACAUGGGGUAACAUCUUGAUCCUAUUGAAGUAAAUGGCACUUUUGCAACAGACUUUAAUAAGAGCCAGGAUUUCACCCUAGAAUUCUAGUGUUCCUAGGAUUGGGCCUUUCAGUUCUUCCCUCGGGAGAUUACUCCAGUCUGAGUUCACUGUUAGUAUGUUUUUCUGAUAUUCAGUCUAAAUUUCCUUGGCCUGAUUCUGCACUUGUUUACGGCCUGAUCAGUCGGUGGGUGUUUUCCAUUGAGUACAAUGAGCUGUAAUUCAGGCCCUUGUAUCAGUCUUAACAUUGGGGUAGUUCCACUGACUUCAGCAGUUACACUCCUGACUUACAGUAAUGUGAAUGAGAGGAGAAUCAAGCCUCCAUUGCUCUUAAUUAAACCUCUCCACAGUAUGCAGACACCUCACUGAAAGACUAUCACUGAGAAGCCAUCAAAAUUGCAAUCUGGGGUCACAAAUUUUGGCUUGGAAGCAGGUGGCACCCUGCGAUUGGACUGACUUGCACUCAGCUGGUGACCAGAGAGGUACUAGGCCAGGUUAUAAUGUCUGUUAGAGUAGCUGAUUACUGUUUUUUAUACACAGGAGUGGUACUCAAAUGUCUCAGGCUUUGAGGUUAUCUGUGACUUGAUCGCAUAUUGGAUUAUCUAAUACCUUGGAAUAUAUUUUUAUUAAGUACAUAAAUAUAUAAUGCAGAAAAUUACAAUGAGAUUAUCAAGCUUCCUGAUAACUGUAUGGGUUUACUAUAUGUUUUGUAAAUAGUAGCUUCCAUUGAGGUGUAAUAGAUAAACUUUGGGUUGACAGUACAGCACAAUCUUUAAAUAUAUUCUGGGAAAAACACAACUUGGAAAUGAUCUUACUUUCUUCUGAAAGCUGAUCAAGAUUUCUAUUAACAUUUAUUAGCACUGGAAUAUAACGUUUUUAUCCAACAUUUUAUUUAAUUAAAAAAAUAACUAUGACAAGAAAAACGCUAAUAUGUGCUGCUGAUCUGUUUAUCUAUCUUGUCUUUUAGUAUAGCUGGGAAAGUCUGGCUUUGUUUGCAAAAAGUGAUUUAAGAUUCUACAGGAUUAAUUAAUUUCUUUCUUUCUCAGUUGGUAGUCUAACUUUUCCGAUUCAAUAAGUCCCAUGUUCUGUGACUAUUACACAUACACAAUUAGGUAACUUCAAAUAAGCAGUGGUUCAUAGGAGAACUACCUGUAAAACAACACAUUUCUGUUCGACAGGGUAGUCUGCUCCUUCAUCCUUCUAGACCCUACAGCAGUGUCACGUGGGGAUCUGGUCUGACACUUACACAUUUUAAUAGAGCAAAUUAGUUGAGUGUCAUUCCAACAUUUUCUGAUCCUGAAACAUCAGAUGGAAAGAGAAGCCAGAUUAAUUAUAAUGUGAGAGACACAUUCAAAACCAUACCAUGAAUUAAGCUAUACAGCUGUAAAGAAAUAAAGUCUAUUUAUGAAGAA